GACGUAAAUUGUAUGGCAUACAUUUGAACAUCUUCGUUGGCCUUUGAAAAUUUCAUUCAGGUAUGAUGUAGUUAGAAUAACGGUUUGUCGUGUUUAUUGUCUUAUGCCGGUUAGUUUUAGCUCGGCUUAACCCAGAACGUCAAUUUUUUAGAUCAGAGCUGUUGACGUUUCUAAACGCCGAUCGUGCUCCCUCGGCUUGCAUUCAUUGAUGCAAUGUGAUAUAAACCGGCUUCAAACAUGGAAGGAUAUUCACGUUUGUACUAUGUGAAUUCAAAAUGUAUUCUUCGAUCGGCGUUCUUUAUAAACAAGACACGCUAUACGUUGAAUAUCACUUGACAGCCUCCUGCGAAUACAGCCACCACUCACAGCUCAUGGCCAUUCUUUUGAUUGAUACUGAUCACGUUUUUUUCUUUUUCACGUUCUCACUUACACCGUAAAUAUCUUUAAUUUUAUUUGUGAAAUCUGAAAAAGAAUAAAAUGCUAAACAACUGUUCUGUAAGCUGGCGCUGAUCAAGACAUGUAGAAAUCUUACAAUUCUUACAAGUGAAAGAGUGACAUGUUAGAAGGCCGGUGUAUUAUCAAUGCAAUCUUGUAUGUAAUACUGUGCUAACAUUUGCGGAUUAAGACUCCGGGGGUGGGGGGCGGGGUUGGGAAAAGAGCCCCGCCCAUGGCUCCCUCGAAUUUUCAGUAAACUAUGCCCUUUGCAGCCUUAAUUUUUCGACACAGAUGGUCUGGGGAUUCUUAAACCAGAAAAGAACUUAUUUCUCUCCCCGUAGCUAGCAAGUAACCCAUCUCCCCUUUUGUAAACUUUCUGGAUUCGCCCCUGUACGCAAAGCCAAUGUUCAGCAAUUGCGCCAUGGACUCUGUCCCUUGAUCAUGCAUGUGGUUGUCACACCGACCUUAUAUAUGUCACCUGUGCAUAUGGUAAUAUGAUCAAUCAUACUACUUUUGUAUAUUGAUCGUCUGCAAAAUUUUUUAGCACUGGUAUUUGUUUAGUCUUGCCUAAAUAUUGCCUAGCCUUUGCUGCCUGCAUUUUUAAACUACUGGAGUACACCUUUGGGACUGGAACCAAGUGUCCGUCUACAGAGUAAUGUCCGUCUUAUAGGUAAAGAAACAGACUGCAUGGCAAUAGCCUCCUCUAAGAACGUCUGCGUGGGAGCAUGGGAGGCUAGCAUGGCAGGCGUUUGAAUGGGAAUAGGAGCGAGAGAUACCCGUGGGGCCUGCCACGCAAGCUAGUAAAGAAAAAGAGGGGGACAUUGGGGGUACCCAAUACCGCAAUACCGCCAGAAAAAUUUGCAAAUACCCUGUCGAAAACCCACGAAAUAGCGAGGCCGCAUUUACGCUUUAAUACGUGAAGUUGUAUCCAUCUUGCGUGUCUGUUUAUCUCAAGCAUGUACGCACCAGCAAUCAACCUCAGCUAUUGCGAGAAAACGUAAGAUCUCGAAUUUAUCAUUACAACGAUCGAAAAGCCCGGUCAUUGUACGGAACAACAAUUUCAUUGUAGAUUAACUAUCAUUUAUUAACCUGUAUAUUUUACAUUGUUUUACGUGGCAUAUUGUAUUUAGCGCAAAAGAACGGUACCGCAACACCGCGAAAGAUCUUCUUUUACCGAAUACCAUUAGCCAAAAGGAUGAAAAACCGCAUACUUCAGGGCUAGAUGAUACUGCAAUACCGCACAUUAAAAUCAAAAUUACCAAAAUAACGCUUGAAAAAAAACUCAAUACCGCAAUACCGUAAACCCCAAUGUCCCCCUCGAAAAGCAUAAUCUAGAUGCCCGUUUUACCGAGGUGUUUAUCUCAUGGGGGUGCCCAUUAAGAGAGAAUCGAAUUUAUUUUGUUUUCACUGAGAACCAUAAUUCUUAGUUUAUAAUGAAAUUUCCUCUGUCCAUCACUUCUGAGUUUGGGAGUACACGUUUUUAAUUAUUUUAUAGAGUUGUGAAAAAAGACAAAAUUGUUUCUUCUUGAAUUUGUUAUACUCUCAUUUUAAGCUGGUAGACAUUGCUCUUAUUGUUCCUUAUCGGUUUAAAUUACCAUGAUUACUUUUUUCGGAAAGAAAACAGGGCCAAUCAGUCGAGUUUCGUUUUUUCCUCAACCCUUUUGUCUUCAAACUGUAACGAAAGUUUGUUCUCGUAGGUUUCCGUUGGCAAGCUACAGUAUCGUGCAACUUUUUUUCUUGCCAGUAUGGUUAGUCUUUGUUGGUAUAUUGCUCAGUACUAUACCAGACUAAGAAUUUUCAGGUAAUUUCUCCUCAGUUCCGGUAAUUUAGGUCUGCUUUUCUAGAUACGAAUUAAGAGUCUUUAAAUAUUGCACUGUUGUGUCUGAAGAAGAAUUUUCACCAAUUUGAUUCGAAUCCACAUCCGGCCACUUCUGAUCUUUUAUCCUCUAUUACAUGGCUGGCUCAGCGAGCGGCCGGCAAGAUGAAGGAGCCAGUGUUCUGAUUGGCUACCCGAGCAGGAAAGAUGUAGCGGUAUUAAACUUCGGCCUGCUUUGUUUUGUCGACAAUUGAAACACAAUGAAAACCGCCAGCAACGCAGGCUAGAAAGAUGGUCCUAUCUUUUUUGCCCGUUCGGAAUAUCGCCAACCUUGUACCGCAAGAAAAGAUUUUGUUUCGGCCAUAUAAUAAACCCUGAUUGAUCACGCUUGUUCAGUCAAGAUUGCUGAACGUCUUGAAUGUCGGCCUCGUUCUUUUUCGUGCCUGUUUUCAUGGACCUUGACGAUAAAAAAGUUAAGAAAAAAAAAAUUGGCCAGCUUCCAUCCAGCUUGACCGAACAAGCUUGGCCAAAAUUAAACACAUGCAUUGUAUAUCAGCUGAAUUAAGUCGAAGCCCGUAAGUUUGGCUGUCAAAAUCAACGUUAUGUGAGCCUGGCUGUAGCUUCAACUGAAGCUUUUUAAGGGAAAAAGAAACUGAAAGCAAGCAAGAAAGAAAAGGAAUCAAAAAGUGCAAAUUUUUAGGCUUGGUCUUGGAACAUUCAAAGCGAAGAGGUUAACCCUACAAAAGUCAAAUGACAACUUAAUGAAGAUGUGUUUGCAACGUUAUAUCUUUUUAGUCUGUGGAUGAAAGCCUAUUUUGUUACCAUUCAAAUGAAACCUCUUCAUUAGUUUACUUUUGCUUGGAACCAAACAUAUUGCGAAAUAAGAGUUUCUUUUUCUCUUCAAUUUAAACUGAAUUCCUCAGUACUAAGAGUGAAAGGUUAGAAGUAACCUUAUAUUGCUACCGGGCUAACAACAUGCAAAGUAGAAAUAAAUACUAGCUUCCUUGGUUCUAUCAAGGCAAGGCGGAAUGAUCCGAUGAAAGCUAUGCACGUUGCCAGGGAUUUUAUGUGAAUAGCCGUGUCAAUGAAUCGUUCUUAGGUGAUCCAUUGUAGAGUCAGUUUUCGAAUAGUGUGAAAAAGAAAAUUGUUCGGAGAAAAAUGGCGAGAAUUCUUUAACUCUUUAAUUACACAUACAAUUCUCCACCGUGAGAUCCACACAUUUCCUUAUACAGUGGAACCUCGAUUUAACGAAAGGCUUAGGGACUGGCAAAUUUGUUUGCUAUAACGAGGUUUCGUUAUAUCGAGGAUCUAUUGAAAGAUAAGUUGAGAGAAUUUGUUAGAAGACCAAAGCGUUUUCUCUUAUUAAUGGUUAUAACCUUUCGUCUACUAUGUUAUCGUUAGGAGAAAAUUGAUGUUGGUCACUCUUUGAACUGUAAGGUCUGAAUAAACCCACUCAUUUGUCCAAUAGUUCUAACGUUAAGUGGCAGCUGCGCAAAAGUGAAUAGUACAGUGAAACCUCUUUUAAGGGUACACCUUCAGGACCUUCCCAGGUGUCCGCCCAAUAGAGUUUUGUAAAAAUUGCGCAAUGUUUUUGAACGAGUUUCAACGGUUACUCUGUAUUGUGAUAAAGUUCCAUGUUGUUAAGGAAGCUAAGGACGCUGUGCUUUACGUUAUGCAAGACUUUCGGUCUAAUAUACAGUUUAUUGAAAGCUAAAUGUAUUGAUUUAUCUUUAUUAAUCGACUACAGCUGCUACAGUACUAGAUAUUUCAAGGACGUAAUGCAAUACGACUAAUUCAAUUCAAUUCAGUCCGGUGUUAAAAUUAGCCAAAUACAAUUAAUUUUAGUGUCUGCUUUCGCUUAAGAGAGGUCUCCGCCGAAUAGGGGUUAGUUAUAAAGGGAAAUAUAAGACGUUAAUUUCGGGACCCGGCUUAGUGUCCGCUUAAUAGAGGGUGUCCGCUUAAUGGGGGGUCCGCUUAAUAGAGGUUUCACUGUAUUAGAGGAAGUCUUGCUUUCCAUCUUAUAGUAAUGCAUUUGAUCCACCAAAUUACGUGUUCUGCUAACUGCCUCACCCCACUGACCACCAUGGCGAGGAAAACAGAGCUCGCCCAUGACACCAUGCGCGGCGCUAACAGCACGCAGGGAUGCCUGCAGACGAGAGAUUUUUGCUAACAGAAACAAUCAUGCGAAAAACGCACGAAUCUGCCGGCAUUAAGGGUGGGGGAGAGGUUACUGCGUCUGCCAACAUAGCGGAUAGCAUCGAUGAAGUCAAAGUAAGGAACAGCGAGGUGAUGGAGGCCGGACGCCUUAUGACGUCUACACAAAGCCUGACCCAAAUACAGUAGAUAGCAGAUUUGCGCGCUCUGCGUAUAACUAUGAAACUCAACUUUUACGAUCAGUUCGUCAGAUAAAAACUUCGUCAUUUAAAAUAUGAUAUAUGACUGCCAGUUUCAUUCGUAUUGCAGAAAGUGACGUCACAUCUUAGUUUAGCCAGUCGUUGUUGAUCACAUCACCAUGAAUCUUUAUUCCAAGUAUAUGGAGAUCGCACCGUCUUUCCUUUACGGCCUGUUGUGUUUCUCUGCCAUCUUAGUGUGGACGUUGGUUGCGAUUCUUACCCUACCCCUUUGGUUGUUGUUCAGAGUUUUUAAAUGGUCCCAAGGCGUCAUCAUUUCCUAUUAUAAACUGGGAAGAAUUUUGGCGAGCAAUGACGUACCAUUCCUUCACGAGACGGAGAUCAAUCGUAACUAUAUCAAUGGACUAUUCGUGUUGGAGGGGGUAAUUGGUUUGGAUGACCUUCGCAAGCUUAUUCUCUCCCGUGUGGUGCAAAAUAGUGAGGAACCCAGCUACGCACGCAUGCGUAAACGCGUCGUCAAACAAUACUGGCGCUAUGUAUGGGUAGACGAACAGGAUUUUGAUAUAAAGAAGCAUGUGUUUAAAUACGAUGGUAUUGCUCCGCGCAGUGAAGAUGAACUACAACAAGUGCUUAGUGAGCAGUUCUCGUCAGCUAUGUGCGAUGAUAUCUCGCCUUGGGAGAUUAUAGUGACGCCUAUGGACAUGCCAGGAAAGGAUCAAACUGCUAUUUGUAUGAGAAUUCACCACACUAUAGGAGAUGCCUUUGCCUUGAUUGGCCUUUUUUGCAGGCUGAUGGAUAAGAAGCCAGAACUACUGCGCGUCAAAAAACCGGUGACUACCCCUUGUGACAAACAGAAACAGGUAAGCUUGAAGAAUAGAGUGCACCUCGCGCGUGGGACAUUGGUUUCCAUCCCUGCUCGCCUCGGUUGUAUGAAACAUGUCAGUAGCGGAUCCAGGGGAGGGGCCCGGGGGUUUGCCCCCACUUAUUUUUAGACCAAACUGAGGACCGAAGGGCAGAAAAACUUUUCUUGGGAGACCCCCCGUUAUCUAAGGGUCUGGAUGACCGCCCGCCCCGUUAUCUCAAGGUCUGGAUCCGGCACUGCAUGUAACCACCACUCAACCGCCGUUAGGAAAAGGAAAGCCGGUAACACUUGCAACACUAAUACCUGCAACAAGUGCUAAAAGCCUGAAUGGUAACUGCAACUUGCAGCCGGUGUUAAUUAGCCUGUGUACAAACUCCCCCUCCCCUCAUGAAACAUCGGAGAAGCCCCUUCUCCGACUUUUCCUGAGGGGAGGAGGGGAGGGGGGUCUGUACACAGGCUAAGCCAGUGUGGACGCUUGAAAACUGGAAAAAUAAAUAUUGCCAAGCUAGGGAGAAAAUGCAAUGUAGAUCAGUGUAGUGCCCUAAGUGGGAUCAAGCUUCUCCUACCUUGGCUGUUGGCAAAGCCUUUCAACCGUUGUUUUGUACGGUAAAAACAUGCCACUUUUUGCCAAACCAUACCUAAAAUCAUAUUACUUUCUGUACUCAGGUAUGGAAGACUAUUUUAUCAGGUCCGUUGGCUCUUCUUAGUGUAGCGCUAUCCACUGCAGACAAUCCGUUUCCCGCCAAAAAGUUGUCAGGUGAAAAGCGAUUCAGCUGGACAAAACCAAUUGACCUUGAGCUUGUUAAGGAAAUCAAGACUAAAACAGGUAAUAACAAGGAAAAUAAUGAUAUCUUUCUGCAAGGAGUUUUCAAGUGGGGCUUUUUGUUAUGCGCAACUGGAGCAACACCUACAACACAUAAAGGAUAUAUUUUUUUAGUGAAUUAAUGGAGACAAUUGGUCCAAGACUUGAUGACUCAACUUGAAAAGUAGACUCAGCUUUUUCUAGUUAUAAACCUUUUGUUUGUCUUAUUCCGGGGCGAAAGACUACCUUAAAUAGUUCUAUUACAAAACAGAUAAUUUAGUAAUGUUUCAUUUGCCGCAAAUAUAUCUUUGGGUGAAGGUAAUGUUUUGGUAUUACCGAACCUUCACGGUUGCGAUCGGCAAGAAAAUGCCAACCAAUGAAAAACUAAAAUGAUGGUUAACAAACGUAAACAGGAACUUCAAAGGGACUUAUGAACCAAGGCCUACUCUAACAUCACUAACACGAUCACCUAUGAAAAACUCACAUCUGAAAAUGGCAACCGCACAAUAUUCCUAAAACGGCAUUAAGCUAAGCAAAAAUUCAAGUACAAGUAAAAAUAAAGGAUCAAAACAGGAAAAUACCCAUGCGGACAAAAUCCAGACUAACCUUGACCCACUUAAUGUAACAAAAACGAAACUCAAAAAUGAGACAUCUUAAAAAUGACUUCCAAAAUACUUCACAACAAUAUUAACAUGAUGAACUAGACUCCCGUGACACAGGCCCUUUAAAAGCGUGAUGGGAAACUGAAUUGAACUCGUAUCAACCCCCGGCCGUUACUCCCUCCAAUUUAUUAGGAGUUCCUGUCCGGGCUUCAAUAGUAUAGGUAGUGACUCAACACUAAAAUUAUUUUCACGGCAAGUUGAAUGACUCUACGAUAUCAAAUUAACCUGAAGUAAAAAGAAUGGAAGUGAUAAAAGUUGCCAGAAUUUGGACAUAGUAUAUACAAUACAAUUCAAGAAAAAUAACCUUUCACUAUCUCUUUGUGUUAUCUAUUAACAUGUAAGGAAACUUCUUUAUAAUUGUAACGGACAACAGCAUGGAUCUCGAAUAUUUUGAUUGUGGCCAAUUAAUCGCGCUAACCUUCUGUUCCCAGGCACGACCGUGAACGAUGUCCUAUCCACAUGUUUGGCCGGCUCAUUACGCCGUUACCUCAGCUCCGAGGGCAUUAAGGAAAAUCCCACGGAUAUCCAGAUCGCUGUCACUAUCAACACUCGUCCUCUCAAGGUCUUGUCAAAAGAUAACAUUCCCCUGGAAAAUCAUUCAACUGGCUUGCUGUAUAGUCUUCCUGUGAGUAUGGCGGAUCCAUUGAAACGUCUCAGGGAAACCAAGCGAAGAAUGGACAACUUAAAAUCCUCUUCAGACUGGCGUAUCUUUGGGUUUGUUUAUUCACACAUAGUCGGUCGCCUGCCUGAGUUCAUUGGUCGGUUUUCAUCCUUCUCGCUUAACAGACACUGCUCUUUGAUCCUUAGCAACGUUCCUGGGCCUCUUUCUCCGUUUGAGAUCAAUGGCAAAGAAGUAGUUACCGCAAUAGCCUGGCCCCCAUUGAUCAGUGACACUGGAAUGGCUAUAACAGUGUUUAGCUAUGCGGGUACUUUGCGCAUGAACGUUUUGUCUGACAAGGCUGUGCUUUCGAACCCCGCCAAGCUGACGGAAAAAUUUGUGGAGGAGUUUGAAGAGAUGUACAAGUGCGUGAAAAAUGGGCCUGUAUUGGCACCUGACGGGUCUGCUACCAAAAGGAAGUACUUUUAA